AUGGCCCAGAGGCUGUGGGUGAGCCGUCUGCUGCGGCAUCGGAAAGCCCAGCUCCUGUUGGUCAACCUGCUGACCUUCGGCCUGGAGGUGUGCCUGGCCGCAGGUAUCACCUACGUGCCGCCCUUGCUGCUGGAAGUGGGGGUAGAGGAGAAGUUCAUGACCAUGGUGCUGGGCAUCGGGCCAGUGCUGGGCCUCAUCUCGGUCCCACUCCUAGGCUCAGCCAGUGACCACUGGCGCGGGCGCUAUGGUCGCCGGAGGCCCUUCAUCUGGGCCCUGUCCCUAGGCGUCCUCCUGAGCCUCUUCCUCAUCCCGAGGGCCAGCUGGCUGGCGGGGCUGCUGUGCCCGGAUACCAGGCCCCUGGAGCUGGCACUGCUGAUCCUGGGUGUGGGGCUGCUGGACUUCUGCGGCCAGGUGUGCUUCACUCCACUGGAGGCCCUGCUGUCCGACCUCUUCCGGGACCCAGACCACUGUCGCCAGGCCUUCUCCGUCUACGCCUUCAUGAUCAGCCUUGGGGGCUGCCUGGGCUACCUCCUGCCUGCAAUCGACUGGGACGCCAGUGCCCUGGCCCCCUACCUGGGCACCCAGGAGGAGUGCCUCUUUGGCUUGCUCGCUCUCAUCUUCCUCACUUGCGUGGCGGCCACGCUGUUUGUGGCCGAGGAGGCGGCGCUGGGUCCGGCUGAGCCAGCGGAAGGGCUGUUGGUCCCCUCCGUGCCGCCGCGCUGCUGCCCAUGCCACACCCGCCUGGCCUUCCGGAACCUGGGCGCCCUGUUUCCCCGGCUGCACCAGCUCUGCUGCCGUGUGCCUCGCACCCUGCGCAGACUCUUUGUGGCCGAACUGUGCAGCUGGAUGGCAUUCAUGACCUUCACGCUGUUUUACACGGACUUCGUGGGCGAGGGGCUGUACCAGGGUGUGCCCCGGGCUGAGCCAGGCACUGAGGCACGGAGACACUACGAUGAAGGGGUCCGGAUGGGCAGCCUGGGGCUGUUCCUGCAGUGUGCCAUUUCCCUGCUCUUCUCUCUGGUCAUGGACCGGCUGGUGCAGCGAUUCGGCACCCGGGCAGUCUAUUUGGCCAGCGUGGUGGCCUUCCCUGUUGCUGCCGGCACCAUGUGCCUGUCCCGCAGUGUGGCCGUGGUGACCGCCUCGGCUGCCCUCACCGGGUUCACCUUCUCCGCCCUGCAGAUCCUGCCCUACACACUAGCCUCCCUCUACCACCGCGAGAAGCAGGUUUUCCUGCCCAAGUACCGAGGAGACGCUGGAAGCAGUGCCAGUGAGGACAGCCUGAAGACCAGCUUCCCACCGGGCCCCAAGGCCGGAUCUCCCUUCCCCAACGGACACAUGGGUGCCGGAGGCGGCGGCCUCCUCCCGUCUCCACCCGUGCUCUGUGGGGCCUCUGCCUGCGAUGUCUCCAUGCGGGUGGUGGUCGGCGAGCAGCCUGAGGCCAGGGUUCUUCCGGGCCGGGGCAUCUGCCUGGACCUUGCCAUCCUGGACAGUGCCUUCCUGCUGUCCCAGGUGGCCCCGUCCCUGUUCAUGGGCUCCAUUGUUCAGCUCAGCCAGUCUGUCACUGCCUACAUGGUGUCGGCUGCAGGCCUUGGUUUGGUGGCCAUUUAUUUUGCUACACAGGUAGUAUUUGAUAAGAGCGACUUGGCCAAAUACUCGGUGUAG